AUGCCGUCACUUCUCUCGCACAUUGCGCCGCCUUGCUGCUCGCCUGCGUGCCGCCUUGCCUCGCCCCUCGCCUCGCCGCUCUUCCUCCCCGACUCUACCCCCCCGACAUCGCCUCAUAGCCUCGCUCAGCAUCGCCGCCUAACCCCAGCGCCGCCUCCCACGGCGCGCCAUCGCCUUCGUCUCUCGCUUUCCUUCCCAUCCGCCUCCCCGCCCAUGCUGCUGCGCCACCCUUUCCCCGCCUCCACCCCCACCCAGUGUCCCUCGUUCCGCCCUUCCGCCGCAUCGUCACGCAUCCGUCGCCUUUCCCCCGCACGGCGGCGCGGAGCGGGAGCGGCGGUAGCGGAGGCAGCGGCGGGCGACGGGGCGGGCGACGUGCAGACAUUCAUCCUCACGGCGGGCGCACUCGCUGCCGCCGCCGUCUCCCUGCGACUUGCGCUCAAGGUGCCGCUCUCCGCGCACCCACUCCGCGCACCCACUCCGCCACCCCUUCUCUCCCCGCUGCUCGUCCUCUGGACGCCCCCCCCUUCCAAUGCCCUCCCCUCCUCACACCUACCACUGCUGCCGUCGGCCCCUCCUGCGUCUUCCUGCAUCUCUCUGACGCUCAAUCUCAGGUUGCUCCCUGCACUUUCCCAUAUGUUUCCGUCCCCUUUCCACCUCGUCACCCCCGUUCUCUGUCCCUCCUCUGUGCAUGUGGCGGGGCUGGCAGGAGGCACGGCGUGUGUGUUUUGCGAGGGGGGCAAGAUGGCCGGCAAGGAUGGGCGCCUCAUGGACUGCCGUGUGUGCAAGGGGGCAGGUGAGGGCGCAUGGGGGCAGGUGAGGGCGCAUGGGGGCAGGUGA